AUGCACCGCAAAAACCCCAUCUCCGUGCUGGUCUACAGCCAGCUCUUCCCCUCGCCCUCGCCCACCGACCCGCCCUCCUUCUCCGCACAUCUCUCCAAGAACCUGGUCGGCGAAGUCCGCAUCGAAACCGCCAACUUCUACGGCUCGCUCGACACCAUCGAGGCGCGGUAUCCCGGCCUCAACUACGCCCAUGGGCCGCACCGGAAACGCCUCGGCCGCUUCCCGCACCACCGCCGCCUCUUCGACGCCUUCGACCGCCUCGGCCUGACGGAGAGCGAGAUUCAGGGGUUCUGCAGAUGGGAGGGCACGCUCUGGGCGCGCGAGCGGUACGAGCGCGACGAGGGCGUCAAGGUUGUCGACACAACGGGCAUGGAGAUUGGCGAGUGGGUCGACAACCGACACAGCCGCCUCGCCAGCCGGAAAGGCAUCAACGUCAAGACCGACAUCGAGGUCGAGAUCGAGCGCCCCCGCCGGCCGCGCGACCGGGACACGGAGAUGGCAGACACGGAGAGCGAGAGCGAGGACGACGCCCACGACGAGCUCGACGCCAGCGUCGGCUUCGAGCUCAACGCGCGUCUGCUGCACGCCGCCGCGCUGCGCGACCAGGGCGCCAACGUCCCCAUGGACCCCGAGUGGGAAGCGUACCUGAAGGAGGCGCAGGAGCGGGGCGAGCUGAACAUCGACGCCACGCGCGAGGCCCUCCGCACCAUGGCCGACCAGCUCGUGCAGAUGGGGCAGCAGGCCGCUGCCGCUGCCGCCGCGCCCGCCGACGCCGCUCAGCCAGAACAGGCGUUCCAACACCCCGCUGCGCCGGCUUAGGCGGCCUUUGUGCCGCCAACGGACGCCCUGGAAGUGUCGUGGUAUGAGCCGGCGGACGCGGAGCUCGCGGACCUCCCCGCCCUCAUACCGCUGGGGCUCGAGACAGGGCCCUUGUAGGCUUCAUUUCCGUCCGUUGGCGGCAGUCGUUGUUUGCUUGUUAUUCAUUUCCGGGCUGGGUUUACGAUGCACUGCAUGGCGUUUCUGCACAUAGAGGCGUUUUUGGAAUGGUAGGUGCGUAUGAUGUUGGAUACCCCAGGUUUUAGUCUUGGGCGGGUAAUGUGGGCACGGCAUUGCAUGUAUAUAGAGACGGGCGCUCGGGCUCGACGGGUUUAAGUUGGGUUGAUUGGGUUGGGGGAUUCGGUUGGCUGACCAAGUCACGGAUGCGUGGCUGGUAUAUAGUCAUAAUCGAGCAUGUACU